UUUUAUUUCCAAAUUGUGAGUUGGCUAAUGCUUGCUCGCCGGUUUGUUGAUUUGAAUAGAAUUAUCUUAAAAGUAAAAUUAUAGUCUUAAAUAGUCGUAGUUCCUUUAAGAUAUAAAAUCUAAUAUCGUUUAAGAAUUACGUUAAAUUUUAAUAGCCAUGGCUGUUAACAGUGCCACAUCGUUUAUAAUAUCCUCAAUAUUGACACUCCUGCUAUUUUCUGGAAUGCAGAUGUAUAAACCAAUCCUCGUAAAAUCACCAAUUACUAUUAUAUUUGGGGGUUAUCUUGGAUCAUUGAUGUUCAUGUUUUUCGUGACUGCAGUUGGUAACUUAGAGGCCACAUUGUUUGGUAAAAACUUCCAGUUAAAAUUGCCAGAAAUUAUUAUUUCCAUGGCCAUAUCACUAAUUGCAGCUGGAAUGGUUCAUAGAGUUUGUUUCACUACUUGCUUGAUAUUUUCCCUUAUCACAAUUUAUUACAUGAACAAGCUAUCCCAGAAAACUUACAGUGCUGCUGCACCAAGUCCUGCUCUAGUGAAGAGUCGUCGUCACAAAUAGGUGUUCAAGAAAUGCCUUAUUAUUAUUAAUACAUUAAUCAAAAAAAUAAACAAUUUUUUCACAA